UCCCUACCUUCCACCACAUCAGCCCCAACAGCCCACGACCAACAUCUGCUGCUUUCCGAAGCAGAGAGGGGUCAAACAACGGCGUCCAGACUGGAGCUUUAAAACGAAAAACACCGCCAACGACGGGGUUUCCCGUUCGAAGCACACAGUCACCAGACGUCAAUUAGCUAAGUGAAGUUAAUCACUGAAGCUAAAAGACCACCGUUGUUGCCACCAGCCACCAAUCCAAAAAAGGUCACUGAUUCAGGAAAAGAAAAAUGGUGCAAAACAAGAUUGCCGCUGUAACCGGAUUUCACCGCUCUUUCAAGGGCCAGAAUCCUUUUGAAUCAGAAGAAUUCAGCAAAACUGGAUCCCACCUUCUUGACCCUGCCUUCAAUUUUGAUUGUUCUAACCGCCCCGACAUGCCAUCCAGCCAGCCAAUCGACAUACCCGACGCCAAGAAAAGAAAUAAGAAGAAAAAGAGGUGCCGGGCAACAGACAGCUUCUCAGGGCGGUUUGAGGAUGUAUAUAAGCUGCAGGAUGAGGUGCUGGGGGAGGGAGCCUAUGCAAAAGUCCAAACUUGCAUCAGCCAGAUCACCCAUAAAGAAUAUGCUGUAAAGAUCAUCGAGAAGAGGCCAGGACACAGCCGAGGUCGCGUAUUCAGGGAGGUGGAGAUGUUGUAUCAGUGCCAGGGCCACAGAAACAUUCUGGAGCUUGUGGAGUUUUUUGAGGAGGAGGAGAAGUUUUACCUGGUGUUCGAGAAGCUGAGAGGAGGCUCCGUCUUGACCCACAUUCACAAAAGGAGACACUUCAGCGAACAGGAAGCUAGCAUUGUGGUGCGGGACAUCGCAAGCGCUCUGGACUUUUUGCACAACAAAGGCAUGGCGCACAGAGACCUCAAGCCUGAAAACAUCUUAUGUGAACACGAGGACAGGAUUUCGCCUGUGAAGAUCUGUGACUUUGACCUGGGCAGUGGGAUCAAGCUAAACAAUGACAGUUCUCCUAUCUCCACACCAGAGCUCCUCACACCGUGUGGUUCAGCUGAGUACAUGGCGCCCGAAGUGGUGGAGGCGUUCAACGAGGAAGCCACCAUCUACGAUAAGCGCUGUGACCUGUGGAGCCUGGGGGUCAUCCUGUACAUCAUGCUGAGUGGCUACCCUCCCUUCGUGGGCCGCUGUGGAAGCGACUGUGGUUGGGAGAACGGGGAGCCAUGCCAAGCCUGCCAGAACAUGCUGUUUGAGAGCAUUCAGGAGGGCAAGUACGAGUUUCCCGAGAAGGAGUGGGCUCACAUCUCCUCCGGUGCCAAAGACCUCAUCUCCAAAUUGCUGGUUCGGGAUGCAAAGAACCGGCUCAGUGCCGCUCAGGUUCUGCAGCACCCAUGGGUCCAAGGGGGUGCUCCUGACUCUAUCCCCUCCUCCAUCCUGCUUCAGAGGAACAGUAGUGCCAAGGACCUGACGUUUUUCGCCGGGCAGGCGGUGGCCGUUAACCGCCAGCUUGCCCAGCAGGACGACCUUGAAGAGCAGAAGAAGGAGGAGGAGGCCCCUCAGGUGGUGACGGUGGGCGCUUGCUCCAUGCGCCUCUCGCCUCCUUCCACCUCCAAACUGGCUAAACGGCGGCAGAGGAGCAGCCUCCUGAAGGGGGCACCAGUCUCAGCCGCAGAACUCAGCCAGCUCCUCGCUCCGCUGGUUAUCAUUGGGGACUGCGCCUGAGAGGAGGGGUUAUCUGGUGAUGGACAGUUGACAUCUUCGUCUGUGUGAAGGAAAGAAAGUCUCUGCUGCAAGUGUCCCUCCCCUUCUCUCAUAGAAAAGGGAUACCUCAUUCAAAAAAAAACAGUGGGAAUGUGAUCAAGCCUCCUGGCGCCCAUUGGCUUUCAUCGCUAGUCAUCGAUCUUGUUGAUCUUUUUGGGUGAAUUAUUCCUGUAUUAAACAUCUCAAACCCAGUCGCUCUCCUUUAUCUCCCCUCUGGGUCCCCCCCAGCACUUUACCCAGCAGCCUGGCAUGAGGGGGCGCCACUGGGUUUAGGACAGGGCAUACAUAGGGUUGGGUCAAACCAUCUGUUUUAAUUUAAGGCAGAGUAUUUUGAAGCCAGCCAGCUCAAACACCAAAGGACUACAACACCCACAAUCCCCUUCUCUCCAUCCAACCCUCCCCCAGCUUCCUAUCUUGUGCUGCUUCCACAUCACAACUGGAUCCACUGUGAAUAAUUUCUCAAUGAGAAGACAUUGUUUCGUUUCAGGAAUGUUUCUGCCUGUACGUGUGUGUGUAUGUGAGCAGAUGCCCCAUCGUCAGUAGGUUCAUGCACACUUAUGCAACUCCUGAUGAAGGUAAAUCAGGUCAGGCGUGACUUCAGUGGAGCUCUCAGUGCCUCACCCCCUCACCAUUAGUGUCAUUGUUCAAAGCCUCUGAAUUCCGUCAUCAGCGGAUAAUCCUCUAUCCAAACCAGACCAUUAGGAGCCAUAUAAUACAGGAUUGGCCAUCAGUACCAAAACAAUAAAUGCACUUCGCCUUUUUUCAGGGCUAGAGUGCUUGUAAACAUUGGUCAUUUCUGAAAGUGCACUUUCAUAAGCGAGCCCCCCAUUACUGGGUCAUCUGCUUGAGGUUUUAUGGUUUCAGCUCCUCAAACGUAUCUUCUAGUUGGGAUGUUUGGGGGAAAAAAUCCAAUUAAAAUUCCAAUUUGCGAAUCCACCAUAACAUGACUGACACAGCAGUUAAACUAUACAGUACAAAAGCCUUCAUGCCAUGCUGACACAUUUGAACAGUGGUUAAGAUCAGUAUGAGCGAAAAUGCCUUUCACUUUAUUAAACGCACACCAGGAGGGGGUUAUCAUGUGGUUAUGCAAGCACAGGUCUGUCAGUGUGACUAUAUGAACUCCAGCUGGUUACGGAAUAAGGCUUUUAUUAUGAAAUGUUCUCUCUCUCUUUGAAGGAGGGAGGGGCUUGACUACUUCAGUUUGGUACUGAUGCCACAGUUCAAUGGUACAGUUCUUAGAAAACCAUUGCCUUGUGGCCACUGCCAAAUAAGUCAGCAUUUAACCCGUUAAGCGAUCCUUUUAUAAAGUAAUUUAAAAGUAAGAAAAAAAAAUGGAAAAGCAUUCCAGGAAAAAAAAUUCUAUAAAAAAAAAGUCUUCCAAGGAAAUGUAGCUGUGUACGUGUGUGAAAAGUUCUUUUUAAAGUUUACUUUUGUGUGUAACUCCAAUUGAAACUGUGCCACACUGAUGUUUUAAGCUUUGUUAAGCUUUCAUUAUUACUAUUAUAAUAAUAAUUAUUAUUAUUAUUAUUAUUUUGUAUCUUUAAGCAGGUGCUGUUCAAAUGUUCAGGUGCAACGCCUGAUGUUUUUUUUAAGGCUCUUUUAAGUAUUCAUGUUGAUGUAUUGUGUAAGUUGGGAGUGUGAAAGUGUGAAAGAGGGGAAAGAAGUACGAUUUUCUCUUUUUUUUAUUAUUAUUAUAAUUUUUUUUAAACAGUUGAAGUGAGAAAGAGGCCCACAAAGGCAAUUUUCGUUUUUUUUUCCAGUGUAUUUGUGUUGGAAAUGUAUUUUCUCAGAAAGAAUUGGUGACCCAGAACAGAGGCAAGGUUGUCAGAAAGUGAGCACAUCUUUUGAGUCUAGAUUGUGAACUUUUUUUUUUUAUUAUUAUUAUUCUUAUCUAGAUUGUAUUUGUUUUCAAGCAUUAACGUCACCAAUAAGAAGGCAAAAAAUGAAACAUCUGAGCAUAUAAUCCUGUUGAGUGAAUGUUAACUGAGCAUUGCCCACUCUUUGUGGAGAGGGAAACAUCAAAUGAAAGGCAGUCCUCGUGUUAAAGGGAAAUUCCACCAGUUUUCCAAAAUGUAUGCAUAAUUACACUGUUAAGAUAUAAACAGUCAUUCAGAGUGGUUUGGUGUGAAUUGCUGCAUUCGGAGUCAGAAUUGUUCACAGUGGUGGUGAUAGGAACCAGACGUCCACUGAAAGCUCUAAAAGCUCCCUCACAAAGUUAUUACAUUGAAUGGUUAUAAAUACAUUGUUUAACAAUAGUUUGACCUGAAAUGUGCUUGCUGAGUGUUGUGAGGCAAAAUAGUCCCAAAAUUCAUUUUUUUGAGAUUUACCACUAUUUAUAGUGGCUAUAUUUGUAUUGUAGACUUUGCGAUCCCUGGUUCCUAUCACCACCACUGUGAAGAAAUCUAAGGCAGUAUGUUUCGCUGUAAAGAACAAUUUCACACCAAAUCACUCUGAAUGACCGUUUACAUCUCAACAACAAAAUUAUGUGGAAAUUUUGAAAAAUCGGUGGAAUUCCCCUUUAGGAGCUGAUUAGCUGAGAAUAGGACACUGAUUGUAAUUGUGUGUGUGUUUGUGUGUGUUUGUGUGUGUGUUGUUUGUUUUUUUUUAUCUUUCUACAGUCGUGUCUUUUUUUGUGGAGGUUUAUGUCUUAUAAUAAGACUUACUUGAAUUGUAUAUGCAGCAGUUUUCUCACAUUUUGCUCGGGAAACUACUUUGCUACAACAAACCAGUUUAAAAAAAAAAA